CAUGCGCACGGGGAACCAGGGGGCUGGGAUCAGCACGCACGUCUCCACGAGGUGAAGGAGAGAUGGAGGCCUCGGUUUCUACCCCACCGUCAGCUUCAACCGCAACUUCAGCUUCAGCGACCCCGGCCGACCUGGAGCAGCUAGACGAAGCGCAGGUUAAAAAGGCGGUAGAAGCUCUGUUGGCACAUUCCAAAUCCAGGAAAAACGCGAAUGGAUUGCUUUUGAAUGAGAAUGAAAAUUUCUUUUUAAUGGUGGUAUUAUGGAAAAUUCCAAGUAAAGAACUGAGGGUCAGAUUGUCCUUGCCUCAUGGUAUUCGAUCAGAUUUAGCAGAUAUCUGUUUAUUUACCAAAGAUGAACCCAAUUUAACUCCUGAACAGACAGAACGUUUUUAUAAGAAGCUUUUGAACAAGCAUGGGAUUAAAACUAUUUCUCAGAUUAUUCCCCUCAGAACUUUAAAAAAGGAAUAUAAAGCCUAUGAAGCCAAGCUUCGCCUCUUGGGUAGUUUUGACUUCUUCAUUACGGACGCCAGGAUCAGGCGGCUCUUACCCUCACACCUAGGGAGACAUUUCUACAACAGAAAAAAAGUUCCAGUACCUGUAAACCUUCAGGCCAAGAAUUUAUCCAGAGAAAUCAGUGACUGUGUAGGAGGAACUGUCUUGAACAUCUCUAAAAGUGGUUCUUGCAGCACCAUCCGCAUCGGCCACACGGGGAUGCAGGUUCCGCACAUAGUCGAAAACGUUGUUGCCGUUACAAAAAGGCUUUCACAGAAGCUGCCGGAGAAAUGGCAAAGCGUGAAGCUGUUGUAUGUGAAGACUGAGAGAUCGGUUUCCCUGCCUGUCUUUUCUUCAUUUGUCAGCAAUCAGGGUGAAGCCAGGGGACUACGCACACAAAGUCAGAAGAAAAAAGUAGCAAAGAAAAGCCAAAAGAAGAAAGAACAUCUUAAAAGACAACAGGAGAAGAAAGGAAACAAGAAGCUUACGAAACAGGCUAGAAAGGCUGCACCAGCCCCGACGACAGAUGCAGCAGCCCCCAAAACUGGUGGUGCUCCAGCCCAGGACCCUGGACCCCAGAAUGAAACCAGCGGGGUGAGUGCCCCACCUAAAGUGCAAGACGAGCCUGAAGAUGAGAUCCCACUGCUGGUACCAGUGAAGGAAACGCCAGCUGCAGGACGCGUAGAGAUACAAAAAGGUGCCACAGGAAAGAAGUCUCCAAAAAAGAAUCCUGGUCCCAACACACCUCAUGGGAAGAAGAGAAAGGCCUCCCCAGCUUUGGAGACCCCAUCAGCUGCAGCGCCCAAGACCCCAGGUAAAGGCCCAGGGAAGAAGGCAAGAAUCAAAGAAGAGGUGGAGAAAGAAAGAACCUCUUCACUGGGGAAAAAAGACCCAAGACAGACUCCCAAAAAGCCAGAGGCCAAGUUCUUCACUACUGCUAGUAAAUCUGCAAAGAAAGCUCCCCGUACCCCGAAACAGUGGCCCAAAAAACCAAAGUACCCCAGUCAACCUAAAAUCAGAGACUCAACCAGCAGGAAACUCAUCAGAGCUAUCUGAAGAGCUUGUAAAAAUAGCUGGGUCCUGACCCUCCAUUGCAACUGCUGAGUGAGGCCUAGACUUAAAUGUUUUUUAAAACUUCCACAAGUAAUUCUGAUAUGUGUUCAAGGGUAUAAGAACCAGUAGUUUGAGUAAAUCCAUUUAUUUCAUCACUCUUCUGUGUAUUUGCUAAUAUAAUAGAGGAAAAAUACCGUGCUUCUCUGUGGCUUUGUUUUUUAUUAUUAAAGUGUAACAUUUGUUCCUCAAUACUGUCGCUAUUCCAUACUUUCUUGAUUUCCCCUGCUUUAAACCAUUUGUUCACGUGGCAGCUCUAUGACAGUAAUUUGUGCAAACAUUUCCAAAGCUCAUCUGUGGGCCACUGAUGGGCUCACUGCAUGCAAAUCAGCCAUGGAACUUAGGACCAGUUCCAGUUUCUUGGCCUUCAUGCUGAGCUGGUCCAUCUUGGUGGGUCUUGGGAAAGGCCCUGGAAUCAAAAUUAAAGGAAUUGAUUCCAGGGCCCAGGUGGGGAUCAGCCCAGGUUGCAGAUCACUGAGUUAGCGUACAUCUGCUGAGGCACCGGAUCGAAUCCUGCACGCUGGAGGCAAGAAGAUAUUUAUCUUCCAUAAGCCUUUCCAUCUUUCCCCUGGUUACUCCUCAUGCUACAUAGAUUUACCUACAUGUGACAACGCUAGGGCAGGAAGCUUGGGAGAGUAGACUCUUAAACUCUGAGUCAUUGAUAUAUAUAUCCUGAGGCAGUAAAUGACUUUGCAGGCACUCAGCCUUUCGCUGGAUUUGAGCUGGGGUACACAUCUCUAGUAGUAAGUGACGUAGUCACUGUAAUACAGGAAAGGCUAAAGUGAGGCAUGCUUUCAAAGAUAAUAUGAGUAAAAGAAUAAAAGCUUUAGAUGGUUUUCCAGCAAGUCGAGGAUUCGAGACAGCUUUUUAAAUCAUGAAAGCCUCUGAAAUACAAAAUACCUUGCCUUUAAUUUCACAGUCCUUUCAAAGUGAGUAUACUACAUUUAAUGUAGGGGUUUAGUGUAAUUUACCAUAGAAACUAGGUUCUGUGGGCAGGUGGUCAGACAGACUUAUUUCACUUAUUCAAAGAUGUAAGCCAGCUGCUUUGCGUGGGGCAAACUCACCUACCUCGUCACAUAAUCUGUGCUCUCCGUGACAGUCUGCUGGGGAGAGCUGCGUGGUGUUUUAAUCCCACCCUCUAGCCAGCUAGAGAUUUUGCAACACCCAGUGGUUCUUUGGGCUGUAGCUUAGUCCCUGUUGAGUACGAUGGAGAUAUUUACCUUCCUGUUCCAUUGCGCAUCUAGUUUCCCUCUAGUAAAUUCUCAUAGUUCUCUGUGUUGAAAAGAGCAGAUUUAUUUAAGUUUCUUGAGCAGGAUGGUAGUUUGUGACAAUGGAAGGCCACAGUUGAGUUAGAAAUAAUUCCAAAUUGUAUAGAAAACGUUCAGAUCAUGGUGCUAGAUUUCCAAGGCUUAAGAAGGUUGAGGGGGCGCCUUACCUGGCGGCUAAAAGGGCUGUGAGCCGAUAAUGGCCUACGAGGGGCCAACAGGAGUCCUGGAAAUCUAUGCAGUGAAUUACGUUCUUUUGUGGGUUAAGAGGUGGAGUAUAUGGCUUAUGUUUCACUGGAAGUCAACACUGGAUUUCUGGAUUCGUCCUCCAUGCUGUAGAGAUUUAAUGGGCAAAACCAGAUCUGGUGGGAGAAACCAGCAUUUUUGUUGUGAAGAAAUAUUUGAAUCUUAAUUUGUUUUUUAGGAACUGUAAUAAGCAUGGAAAUUUUAAUGUUUUAAAUGCCUUGAAUGUAUUUAAGACUGUCCAAGUGUUCAAUAAAGUCACAUUGUAUUUCAUAG